CCCGAGAACACUCCGAAAUCAGACAAAUUGGGCCAACCCAACCAAGACGAUGAAUCAAAAACCCUAAAUCAUAAACCCUAAUUCCCUUCCCUUCAAUUCCACCCUCUUCAAUUUUUCUCUUGUUCGGAUUUUCUCUCCCACUUUCACCUCUGGUUUUUCCGUUCAUCAUUUAUCCGCCGCCCUCACUUUCCGUUUCCUUGCCAUACUGCCGCCCUGACCUACUCUUCUCCCGCCCAUCUCCCCGCCGCCUUCACUCCAAGUAACCGAAAAGUAGUGUAUCUCUCUCUCUCUCUCUCUCUCGCUCGAAUUAGCAGCUACAAAAAAUAUGGAGCAGAGGUUGGCCAACACGUGGAAAAUGACAUUGAAUGAGAAGUUGUUCAUCGAAACAGCACUGCUUUCUGAGCUCAGAAUUGACGGUCGUGGACCUUUUGAUUACCGGAACGUCACAAUCCAGUUUGGUAGUGAAGACGGUUCAUCAGAGGUGCAGUUGGGCCAGACUCGUAUAAUGGGGUUUGUAACUUCCCAACUGGUACAACCUUAUAGGGACCGCCCCAAUGAAGGAUCUCUUGCAAUAUUUACGGAGUUCUCUCCAAUGGCCGAUCCUUCAUUUGAAACAGGUCGUCCAGGGGAAUUUGCCGUUGAAUUGGGACGAAUAGUUGAUCGUGGUUUGAGGGAAAGCAGGGCUGUGGACACAGAAUCACUUUGUGUUGUUGCAGGGAAAUGGGUGUGGUCUGUUCGUAUCGAUCUCCACAUUCUAGACAAUGGCGGGAAUCUUGUUGAUGCUGCCAAUAUUGCUGCAUUGGCUGCUCUUUUGACUUUCAGAAGACCAGAGUGCACAUUGGGAGGAGAAGAUGGUCAGGAAGUUAUAAUACAUUCACCGGAAGUGAGGGAACCACUGCCGUUGAUUGUACACCAUCUCCCUAUAGCAGUGACCUUUGCAUUUAUUGGUAGUGAGAGUACUGUGGUUAUUGAUCCAUCACAUUUCGAAGAAGCUGUUAUGGGAGGAAAAUUGACUGCUACGCUGAAUACAAAUGGCGAUGUCUGUGCUAUUCAAAAGGCUGGAGGAGAAGGGGUGAUACAGAGUGUUAUCAUGCAAUGCUUGCGGAUCGCAUCUGUGAAGGCUGCUGAUAUAACUGGCAAAAUAAAGAAAGCUGUGGAACUGUACAACACAGCAAGAGCUUUAAAAAAGAUCAAGCGGCACCCUGAUACAGUUGGUGUGAGCAAAGCUGCUUCAAAGGGAGGCAAUAGCAUAUCACAGGAAAUGGAGAAACCGAAAAUUAAGAUAGAGGAUAGAAAUAUAAAUCAAAGUGAUGACAUGGAAAUUGAAAUCCAGUCAUCCAAGAAAGACGGGAGCGGUGAUAACAAACCUAAUACUUCCAUUGGUGGACCAUCUAACUGGGAUCCGUAUUCAACGGGUGUCAAUGUUGAUGAAUUGAAGGCAUCUCUGGCUUCAAAAGCAGCUGUUGUGACUCCCAAUGAAAAGAUGGAUAUAGUACCACCUGUAAAGCCAACGUUGAAAUCAGUCGAUCAAUCUAUUAGAGAUGCAGAUCCAGCACCUUCAUUGCAUAAGGCAUCUGGUAUAGAAGAACAGAGCAAGGAAUCCAAGACGUUAGAAGAUGCUGUGAAGCCGAAACACAAAAGGAAAAAGAAGAAGAAUUCGUCUAAUACUGAAGCUAAAGUUUCCGCCAUUUAAGAUAUUUGCAUACAUAUAACUAUAAGAGUACGUUGUCUUCUGCUGAAAUGUUGUCUCCCGUGCAAUCUGGAAGUAUCGGCUUAUGGAGGUGACUUAUUUUCAGAUAUCAUGUUAAUUUAGUGCAGUUUCUAUGUUCACUUUGACCGUGUACGAGAGCAAGAGAAUAGAGUUUGUUCUUUUCUGCAAUGCCUGCUUGAAGACCACCAACAGAGUAAAUGAUUCUCAGGUUGCGGUUGGAAACCAAAAUGUAGGGAGAUGUAAUAUUUCAGAAUCAUUUCCUUUCACCAUUGGAAAGUGAAUUAAAGUUUGAAAUUUUGACCGAUUUCUAGUGAAACCUUAUUUGAUUUGGCAGUAGAUUAUGAUGAUAGCAGGUUAGUUGGCUAUUGUACAAAAUAUUUAUCAAGUUAAAAAUGAGUAUAGUACUAAAUGGUACAAUUUUGAA